CAACUAGAAGAAUGUCUUCCGUGAAGCUAAAAACUACAGCAGAAAUGUUGCGCAGGCCGCUGCAGCAGGUGUUUCGCCAGUUUGUAAGACACGAGUCUGAGUCAACGACGCCCUUAGUUCUUGAAAGGUCGCUGAAUCGUAUCCAGUUGCUUGGCCGCGUAGGUCAGGAUCCUGUUAUGAGGCAAGUGGAAGGGAAAAACCCUGUCACGAUUUUCAGCCUGGCAACCAAUGAGAUGUGGCGAUCGGGAGAGAGCGAAGUAUUCCAAGCAGGUGAUAUCACCCAGAAAACAACGUGGCACAGGGUCUCUGUGUUCAGGCCAGGCUUGAGAGACGUGGCUUAUCAGUACGUCAAGAAGGGGGCUCGAAUCUACGUGGAAGGGAAGAUAGACUAUGGGGAAUAUACGGACAAAAACAACGUGAGACGGCAAGCCACGACAGUCAUUGCAGAAAACAUUAUUUUCCUGAGCGACCACUUGAAAGAAAAGGAAUGAGCUGGUUGAUUUCUUGGACUUUGGCUUGAGCGGUUUCCUUUCUCUAUUUUUGUAGCAUUUCCUAAUUCUGCAAUCAUGUAU